AUGUUAGCAACAAUAGCUUCACAGGGGAAGUGUUCUGAACUGCAGGUUUUUCGUGCCAAUCACAAUAACCUCUCAGGAUUACUUCCAGAAGAUAUCUAUAAUGCUACCAAACUGGAAGAAAUUGCAUUACCUCUCAAUUCACUACAUGGAGCCAUUAGUGGUAAAAUUGUCAACCUCACCAACCUUGCCAUCCUUGACCUUUCCUCUAAUCAUUUUGGCGGCAAGCUUCCUCACAAUUUGGGGAAGCUUUCCAGGUUGAAGUUUGUAACCUUAGAUUUCAACAAUUUAGAAGGUGUGUUGCCCCCAUCUUUGAUGAAUUGCACAAACCUAGUCGAACUGCGUUUGGGAAACAACCACUUGGAAGGAGAUAUCUCUGUGCUUAAUUUCUCAAGACUGAGCCAACUUACUAAACUUGACCUACGGAUCAAUAACUUCACUGGUACGGUUCCAGUAAGCCUUUACUCAUGUAGGUUCCUAAAAGCCAUUCGGUUGACUGGAAAUAAUCUAGAGGGACAAAUACAAGCUGAGAUAGUUUCAUUGAAAUCCUUGUCCUUCCUCUCGCUUGGUUACAACCGAUUCACCAACCUCACAGGGGCAAUGAAGAUAUUGAUGAGUUGCAAAAGUCUUCACGCACUCUUGCUUAGCGGUUCCUUUGUGGGUGAGGGAAUGCCAUCUGAUGAUGACAUGGUUGAUUUUGAUGGAUUCCAAAAUCUUCGGCUCUUGGGUUUGGUUCGUUCUAACCUCACUGGUAAAAUACCUUUUUGGUUAUCAAAGCUCAAGAAUUUAGAGAUCUUGGCUCUGGGUUUUAAUCAAAUCACAGGGCCGAUUCCAAGUUGGUUGGGGACUCUUCCUAGACUAUUUUAUAUAAGCUUGUCACACAACCAAAUUUCAGGUAAAUUUCCACAGCAACUUUGUCGACUACCAAGGUUGCUUCAUGAACCAAUUGCAUCUCAAGGAGACAAUUAUGAAUUUGAAUUUCCUGUCUACAGCAGCAGCAUCAGCAUAACCGCAAAUCAAACUUUUCUAUCACAAAAAUUGUAUUUUUUUCCAGCAACGAUAGACUUCUCUACGAAUAACAUUGUUGGUGAUAUACCCACGGAGAUCAGCCAAUUGCAUCUUCUCUACACGUUGAGUCUUGACUCCAACAACUUCUCCGGUGUCAUUCCAGACCAAAUAUCUAACCUAAAAAAUUUAGAGGUUUUGAACCUCUCCAUGAAUCACUUGUCUGGAAUAAUCCCAUCGUCAUUGGCGAGCCUUAAUUUCUUAAAAGAAUUUAAUGUCUCAUAUAAUGACCUUGAAGGAUCGAUACCAACAGGCACCCAGCUCCAAAGCUUCGAAGUUUCUGCGUUUGAGGGGAACCCAAAACUUUGUGGUGCGCCACUUCCAAAGUGUGAACCAAAUAAGGGCAUUGAUGCAGAUAACAAGAACAACAAAGACGUGCACAAUUGGCUUCAUCAACUUCCAUGGUUUUAUAUCUUUGCAGCAUUGGGGUUUAUAGUGGGAUUUUGGGGAGUUUGUGGUUGUUUAAUUAUUAACAAGACUUGGAGAUAUGCAUAUUUUCGAUUGAUAAACAAUGUACAAGAUAGGCUCCUCUAUGUGAUGAUAACAGUCCCCAUCAACAGGAUGGACAGAAGACUUCGAGGCUAG